CAGUGCGCAUGCGCGUUGGCCGGAGGCCGCCGACGCUUGGAGACGGGAGGUGAAGAGUCUGCGGCCCGGGUGGUCGGGGGUUGUCCCGUGGUUCUCGGCGUGGUCGCCAGUCCUUUGCUGAUCCACCAGAGAGGGUAGUCAGUUCAGAACAUCUAACAAGAUGCUGUUUUCAAAGACAAGACCUUCUAGCGUUCUACGGAUCCUACAUACUCAUGUUAUUCGGAGGAAUUUCUGGGGAUGGUUGAAUGCUGUUUUCAACAAGGUGGAUUAUGAUCGUAUCAAGGCUGUUGGUCCAGACAGAGCAGCAUCUGAGUGGUUACUUCGAUGUGGUGCCAGUGUGCGUUACAAAGGUUUUGAUAAGUGGCAGAAAGAUUACAAUCACCUACCUACUGGUCCAUUGGAAAAAUUCAAAAUUGAAGCAAUUGAUGCCACAGAAUCAUGCAUUAUGUUCAAAGGAUUUGAUUACCUUGAUUAUCUAGAACACGUUGAAGAAAUUAAAUUCCAGAGGUGUAUAUACAUUCAAGAUGAAUGUCUUGAGAGGCUAUGCAGGAUUGAAAACUUGCAAAAAAGCCUGCAAUGGCUGGAAAUAAUUUCCUGUGGAAAUGUCACAGACCGUGGAAUCAUAAGUCUUUACCAUCUUAAAAAUUUAAGGUACUUGUUUUUGAGUGAUCUUCCUGGCAUAGAAGAAAAAGAAAGAACGCUUCAGACUUUGCAGAGAGCUCUACCUGCCUGCCAGUUGAAAGUUGAUCUUGAAUAAAACUAGUUUUGAAAUCUUUAUAGUGUAAAUAAUGUCUGCAAAUAAAUGGGUUGGAUAUGGAUGUAACCUCAAAGUCUCACAAAAAAAAGUUAGCUUUAGCAUUAUUUAGAAAUGGAAUGAUAGAGCUAGUGUGUUCACAUAAGAAACAAAAGCCGCCAAGGUGUUUUAAACUCAACUAUUAAUUAAAAUUAAAAAUGCAAGUUAACAAUCCACUCUAUUGUCCUGAGAAAUGGAAACUAAACAUCCAUGAAUGAAAUUAUAAUUAUACUGAAAAUGUUUAAGCAUUAAUGUUUCACAUAUUAUUAGAAAUAUUUCCCUUGGUAGUCAUCACAUUAAAAUACCUUGGUCUUGUGUACACACAGCUACUAGGAAACUGCAUUAUUUUAUUACUUUAUUUGUAAUUAUGAAGUAGAAUGUCAUACAUUUGUUGCAUUAUAUAUGGAUAACUGGAUAUCUAAGUUUUUUUGGUAAAUUAAUGAUUGAAUAUAAAAUAUAAUAAAGAAAUAAAAUCAGAGCAAAGUGCCAUAAAUAUAAAUGGUAUAAUUGUAGUAACUGUUUGAAUAGUUUAUACUUACAACCACUUUUUCAAUGAUGGUAUGUGGAUGUUACUGGCAAGUCCAACAUUUAUUGCUGAGAGUCAACCAAAUUGCUGUGACCUGGGAGGCACAUACACACCAGACUGGACAAGGACAGCAGAUUUCCUCCAAUAACGGAGUAACACAAAGUGAGAUACAGCGUUCUUAAAGAGAGGAAAUCUGGCAUCUGACCUAGAGUGGUGUGUACAUGCCUCUAGUCCCACAGCAAUUUGGUUGGCUCUUUACUGACUUUUCUGAUGUUAUAUCUUUAAGGUUUAAGCUAGUACUUAUAAAAGCUGUGAAAUUUAUUCAUAUUUAUACCUGCUACAGUUUUUGUUUUCAAAUGUCUGAUUUAAAUCUAAUAAAUAUUUUAUCUGAAAGUUAAAAA